GAUUAUAAAAGGGUGUCCACCUCGGAUCAUCCUGCCUUUCUCGCUCCCUCACACUCCACUGCCCAUCGGAUCACUUCGGCAAACAAGACCUCACCGUUCCAAGACUCACCGAGAUGACUUCUGCACCUACCCUUCCCAUCCGCGUGGGCAUCAUCGGCGCAGGAGAAGUAUCGCAAGUGGUACAUCUGCCGACGCUUCAGCUCUUGCCUCACCUCUACAAAGUGACAGCCAUCACAGAUCUGUCCUUGGCCGCUUCCAAGCACGCAUCGAGCAAAUUUGGCGUGCCCCAAGCCUGCGCGACGGUGGAUGAGCUAGUGAAGCUGCAAAAUGUGGAUCUGGUGCUGAUCGCUAGUGCAGACGAGUAUCACGGCGAUCAUGCAGUCGCCGCUAUCAACGCAGGCAAGCACGUCUUCAUCGAGAAACCGUUGUGUCUUACGCGACAAGAUGCAGAGAGAAUUCAGGAUGCUGAGCAGAAGGCGGGCGUGCAGGUUAACGUGGCCUACAUGAGACGCUAUGCGCCAGCUUUUGAGAUCUUCAAGCAGCUCGUAGCGGAGUCUGGACCUGUGCAGUACGGUGAGGGAGGGACACUUCCUGUCAUGUCAUGGCCAAUGCAAAGCAGACAUUCGCUCAUUUGUCAACGUAUUCGACCACAUGCAGCCGUCGUUCGCGAUUUGAUCGGCCCAAACGAGUUCUUCGUAGCUCAGAGCGGAACAUCCCCGAUCAAAUUUGUGGAGGACAUCCCCGCAGGCGCAGCAAAUGACAAAAAAGCCAAAGCAGAAGAGCAGCAUCAAGCCUUUUUGGGUACCAAGACGGCUUCCUCGGCGCAUCUGGUUGGCGCGUACAGGUGGCUCGCCAGCGUUGGAUCUCACAGUCUGAGCCUGAUGAGGGAAACUUUUGGUGGCCUGCCAGACAGAUGCGACGCUGCCCAUACCACCGAAAAGGGCGACUUUAUCACUGCCGCCUUUAGAUACAAGAAUAAGGGUCAAGGUGGCGGCUUUGCCGUCAGCUUCGAGACUGGCUUGCACGGCGUUGGCGUAUUUGAUUCAUUCAUCGAAGUAUUUACGCCCAAACGUAUCAUCAAGCUUCAGUACGACACGCCCUUCGUCAAAGGUCUGCCUAUCACCAUCAUCAUCAGGGAGGCCGAUCCAGCUAUUCCUGGCUCCUACCAGGAAAGGGUGAUUCGGCCCACCUUUGUCGACGCAUACACGUCCGAAUGGACUGUGCUCGCAGAAGCCCUGGAGCAGGACAAGCCUCUCAAGACCACCGUUGCCGUGAGUGCAUCUGUCCGAGGGCGUGCUUGCUAUCCCGACCUAGGAGAAUGCUCAUCGCUCACUUGUCUGUGCUCGGCGAUCCAUUCCAUUCGCGCAGGACGCCGCGCUUGAGCUAGAUGUAUGGGACAUGAUCAUGCAAAAGCUGCAGUAGAUGGAGGUAUGAACUGCACGAUGGAGCAAGUCUCCACAUGGACAAUUCUAGAUCCCUGACCCCUCCUUGCACAUUUCCCAUUGUCUAAGCGUGCUGCAAAAUG